CCGCUGACCUGUUUGGCAGCUGGCAGGAGGGGAAGGUGAUGACAACCUGCUGCGAUGGUUUUUAUGGACCAGAGUUGUGAGGACACGCCAUGUGAUGAACUACUUCCACCGGUUGCAGAGGGACAUCCGGCUGAGCUACUUCGCGGUGCGUGUGGUGAAGCUCAUAUUCGUGGAGCUCUACAUCACCCACGUGGCCGGCUGCUUCUUCUACUUCCUCGCCACCACCUACCCGCCCGACCAGAAGGCAGCACGUGGAUCGGCAGCCUCACUCUGGGGGACCUGCAGUACACGGACUUCCGAGACAUUGACCUGUACACGCGGUACUUCACUGCGCUCUACUGGUCCGUCAUCACCAUGGCCACUAUUGGCUACGGCGACGUGCAUCCAGUGAACCCGCGGGAAAUGGUGUUCGCCAUGGUCUACAUCUCCUUCGACCUCGUCCUCUCCGCCUACCUCGUUGGCAACAUCACGGCAAUGGUGGUGAAGGGGUCCAACACGACGCGGUACCGCGAGAAGAUGUCAGCGCUGAUCAAGUACAUGAAUAGGAACCACCUGCCGCAUGCGCUGCGGCAGCAGAUGAGACAGCACGUGCGGCUGCAGUUUGAGACGGAGCAGGUGGAGGACGAGGUGAUGGAGGAGUUUCCCCUCAGCAUUCGCCACAAGGUGGCGCGUGCCCUCUACCAGCGCACUGUCGAGGCCUGCUACCUCUUCGACGGGUGCUCUGGGGAGUGCAUUAACCAGAUCGUGGCACGAGCCACCCCCGAGUACUACUACCCGCUGGAGGUGCUCAUUCAGAAGAACGACGCGGCGGACCACAUGUUCGUCAUCUGCUCCGGCACCGUCCAGGAAGCUUCGUGCGUGCAUGGGGAGGGGAAGGACGAGCACCUGGCAACCCUCACAGCUGGCAAUAUGUGUGGCGAGGUGGCGCUGCUGUGCAACAUACUGCAGCCAUUCACAGUCACGGCCAAGGAGCUCUGCCAGGUGUUGCGCAUUGACCGCCAGUCCCUCGCUAUAGUCACGUCGCUCUUUAUUGUGGAUGGUAGACGCAUGGUGGACAACCUUCUGCAGCGCUCAGAGGAGGCGGGCAGCAAGUUUGCGGGGCUGGUGGCGGAGAUAGAGGGGCUGGUAGCGGCGCAGGAGGCGGACCUGACAGUGAGCACCAUCUAUGCGGCGUGGACGGGCGACAUGGAGCAGCUGCAGCAGCUCAUGGCGGCGGGGGCCAAGGCAGACCGGGCUGACUACGACGGCCGCACGCCACUGCACUUGGCAGCAGCAGGGGGCCACAACGACCUCGUGCGUCUGCUGCUCCUGGAGGGCGCGCAGGUGAACGCGGUGGACAACUUCGGCACCACGCCGCUGCUGGAGGCGCUGAGGGCGGGGCACGACGAGACGGCGGCCAUCCUUGCCAGCAAGGGGGGCACCGUGGGGCUGCAGGAGGCAGGCACAGUGCUGUGCGGUGCAGUGACAGCAGCGGACACGGCCCUCCUCCAGCGCCUGCUGUCCCACGGCGUGCACCCCAACGCCACGGACUACGACCAGCGCUCCCCGCUGCACAUCGCCGCCAUCAAGGGCCAUCUGCAUGUCGCCAGGCUCCUCGUGGACCACCAUGCUGACGUGGCGGCUCGUGAUAGGUGGGGAAGCACCCCGUUGGACGAGGCUCGGCGGUGUGGCAGCCUGCCACUGGUGCGUUUCCUGCAGGAGGUGGGAGUGCGCCAGGCCACCCGAGCUCGCUCUGCCGCCCCUCCAAUAGCCACUGCUGCUGGUGCUGCUGGCGCUGCUGCUGGUACUCCUGCUGGUGCUGCUGCCGGUGCUGGUGCUGCUGGCGCUGCUGCUGGUACUCCUGCAGGUGCUGCUGCCAGUGCUGGUGCUGCCGCUGCUGCGCCUUCAUCCUCUCCCCCUGCCGCUGCUGCGCCCUCCUUUUUGGCCCCUCUGCCAGCACAUGGCACCACUGCUGCCCCAACCUCUUUCUCCCUCCCUGCCACUGUUGACCCUGCUGCCACUGCAAUUCCAGCCUCCCUCCCUGCUGCUGCUGUGCCCUCCGCUGCUGCACCCUCCUCUGCUGCACCCUCCUCUGCUGCACCCUCCUCUGCUCCGCCCUCAUCUUCCCUCCCAGCCACUGCUCCCCCCACCACCCCCGCUGCACCUUCCUCCCCCCCUUCCUCACCCUGUCUUGGCUCUGCUGCGCCCUCUGGCGCUCGUCCCCCCAGCAGCCCAGCGUCACAAGGUGCCGCAGGGGGGCCAGGUGGUAGGGGCCUGAAUGGUGGGGGUUAGGUGGUCUGGGAACCCUCUCAGGGAGGGGGGAAAAGAAUGUGGUGCAGGGCAGAGACAGGAGGAUGGAGGUGGAGAAGCAGCAGUAACAAGGAGUGGGGCAGGGAUAGUGCAGAGGGUGGGAAGGCGAAGGCAUGCAAGGGGCAGGGGCAGGAGAGACGAGUGGGAUUGCAGCAAAAGAAGUUGGGUAGCGGAGAGGCGCUCGGCAGCAAACGCAUGGCUGCAAUUGUGGGAGUAGGAGGGAUGCAACAGUAAUAGCAGAUCAGAUGCAGUGGUGGGAGCAGCUAAUAACUUACUCAGUACUUACCAGCAGCGCCAAGAGUGUACUGCUCAUGUGCAAAGUUCGCAAAGAAGGCAAACAAGCCCACUACGCAAACAAGCAAGAGAUGAUCGCUGAGGCCAUCAGCCAGUCAGGUGAAGCAGCCCCAAAUGCACCACCUCAACUUUUAGUCAAUCAGAAUAAAUCAUAGAUUCAUAGCGUACAUAUUUUAUAUAUAUAUGUACAUAUAUUAUAUAUAUACACAUGUAUAUAUGUGCCACGCGACUGUAGUGGGGUCAACCCCAAUACUUGAACCCU